CUUGAGAAACAAAAUGCUCGUAUAGCGUACUGUAUGCUGGAUCUGCAACUCGACUCGAAGACAAAAUUCAGUGCACCAAUUCAAAGACGUCAUCCUUUUUAAGAUAGUGAAAACAAGCUUCCUGGACCUGCAGUCUCUUCUUCUUUUCCCCCCCGUGUGUGCGUGUGAGAGUGUUUGUGUGUGCGCACACGCGUGUGUAAAUGCAUGUGAACAAGAUCCCCCUUUCUUCGCUGAAGCAUUUUGAUUUUACACGGGCAACGUUACGAGCAUUGUUUACUUUCGGUUAUAGGCUAUACCCAAUGGUCAUCGUCUAUUUUGUCUAUUUCCAUUCAUCAUUGUUUUGUCAUUUUUUAAAUGUAUUGCAGUUUUCGGGGAUUUUAAGCAGGCGCUAGUUCAUGCACAAAAUAAUGAACUUUCCUAGUUUAGUUCGAACUUGAAGUACAUCCAUGAUCCUUCAUUUGCAUUUUUCAUUCGCUUUUUCUUUGUUCCUUUUAAAAACAGUCAUCCGGACGUAUUUGGAUCAGAGCAUCGAAUCAGGAUGAAGUCCCUCCACGACUUUAUUACUUUUAUUUGGCAACAGAAGGGAGCGUAGACAAGCGCGAGGCUACAGGCAAACGUUGAAUUUCCGGAAGUUUUAGUUUUAGACUUUGUCGCCCUUCUUAUUCAUGUUAUUUCAAUUUCAAUCGAUAACAUUUUUUUAGAUAGACUUUAGUAAUUGACAUUUGUAUGAUAUUCCUCCAAAAUGAAGAAGUUCCGGAAGGUUUUGGACGGACUGACAACCUCCUCUCCUGUAAAUGUCGGUGGUACACCGCCUUGCAGUAGCGCGGCCGGGACCCCGACCACAGCGUCCACUCCCAGAGAAAUUGAAGUCCAGGAAACACUCGUAUCGGAAAACUUUCAAAUCUGCAAGACGGUCCGGCAUGGGUUUCCGUACCAGCCCACCGCUCUGGCGUUCGACCCCGUCCAGAAGAUCCUGGCCAUCGGCUCCCGGUCCGGCGGGGUGAGAAUACUGGGACGGCCCGGUGUGGACUGCUACUGCCAGCAUGAGAGCGGAGCGGCCGUCCUGCAGCUGGAGUUCCUCAUCAACGAGGGGGCGCUGGUUACAGCCUGUGCAGAUGACACGCUCCAUUUGUGGAACCUGCGACAAAAACGCCCGGCCAUCCUGCACUCGCUCAAAUUCAACAGAGAGCGCAUUACGUUCUGCCACCUGCCGUUCCAGAGUAAGUGGCUGUAUGUGGGCACGGAGCGCGGGAACACGCACAUCGUUAACAUCGAGUCCUUCGUCCUGUCAGGAUACGUCAUCAUGUGGAACAAGGCCAUAGAACUAGCCACCAAAACACACCCCGGGCCCGUGGUCCAUCUCAGCGACUGUCCGAAGGACGAAGGCAGGCUGCUGAUCGGGUUCGAGAGUGGCACGGUGGUGCAGUGGGACCUUCGGGUAAAGAAGGCUGAUUUCAGAAUCCACUAUGAUGAGGCCAUCCACUCGGUGAGCUGGCACCACGAGGGGAAGCAGUUCAUGUGCAGCCACUCCGACGGCAGCCUGACCACCUGGAGUCUGCGCAACACCGCCAAGCCCUUCCAGCUCACCUUCCCCCACGGGAAAGCUCAGAGAGACGGGAAGAAGUCGGAGUCCUGCAAGCCCAUCCUGAAGGUGGAGUACAAAACCACGAGAAGCAGCGAGCCCUUUGUGAUAUUCUCUGGGGGACUGUCCUAUGAUCAGGCGGGCAGGAGGCCCACCUUGACCAUCAUGCACGGCAAGUCCGUCACUGUGCUGGAGAUGGACCACCCCAUUGUGGACUUCCUGGUCCUCUGUGAGACGCCAUACCCCAACGAGGUCCAGGAGCCAUACGCUGUGGCUGUCCUCCUGGAGAAAGACUUCAUCGUUGUGGACCUCACUCAGAGCAAUUUCCCCAUCUUUGAGAAUCCCUACCCCAUGGACAUCCACGAGUCUCCGGUCACCUGCACCGCCUACUUCGCUGACUGCCCACCUGACCUCAUACCCGUCCUCUACUCCAUAGGAGCCAAACACAAAAAACAUGGCUACAGCCAAAAGGAAUGGCCGGUGGGCGGAGGAACGUGGACGCUGGGAACUCAGACGUACCCAGAGAUCAUCAUCACAGGACAUGCAGAUGGUUCCAUAAAGUUUUGGGACGCUACUGCCAUCACGCUGCAGAUGCUGUACAAGCUGAAGAGCUCCAAGGUGUUUGAGAAGCUGAAGGCGGGGGAGGGGCGGGGGGCGGAGCUGGUGGAGGAGGACCCGUACGCCGUGCAGAUGGUGCGGUGGUGCCCGCAGAGCCGCGUCUUCUGCGUGGCGGGAAUCUCCGCCCACAUCAUCCUGUACCGCUUCAGCCGCCACGACGCCACCACGGAGAUCACGUCUCUGGAGGUGCGGCUGCAGUGUGAGGUAGAGGACGUCCUCUCCCCGUCAGAGACAGAGGCCACCCCCACCCCCACCCCCUCAGAGCCGAGCCCGCACUCACCCCAGCACCCCCCCGCCAGCCCAAACCACACCCCGCCCGAGGCCCCGCGGGACAGCGUGCCCUGCCUCAGGGUGAAGAGCAGGCCGGUGAGGAUGCCCCCGGGGUAUCAGGCAGAGUUGGUGGUGCAGCUGCUGUGGGUGGACGGGGAACCCCCCCAGCAGAUCACCAGCCUGGACCUCAACUCCGCCUACGGCCUGUUGGCUCUGGGUAACUGUAAUGGCCUGGCGGUGGUGGACUACCUGCAGAAGACCAUCAUCCUCUGCAUGAGCACUCUGGAACUGUACGGCUCCAGUGACCCCUACCAGCGUCUCACACGCUCCCCCCGCAGGAACCGACAGCUUACUGCAGACAGCAUUUGCAUGCGUGGCCUGUCUAACUUUUAUUCAGAUUCAAAGAAACGGAUCCGUACUUCCUACCAGAGCCUAACGGAACUCUCAGACGGCCAGGUUGCCCAGGAGAUGGAGAGGAGCAGGUCGCCGACCUCAGAUCAUGUAAACGGACACUGCACGAGCCCCACCUCCCAGUCCUGUGUUGCCGGGAAACCGCGCCCCUCCCCCAUUCCUGAGGGGCCGAGGCUGGGGGGCCGUCGGGGGCCCAGCCGACCCCCCUUCCGGAAGGCCCAGUCCGCCGCUUGCAUGGAGAUCUCUUUGCCUGUUUCCCACACGGAAGGUUACGCUUCUCGUCGGGCUAUGCUGCAGCAGUUGCACGGAGUCAGUAUGUACUCGCACGACGAGCACCACGUGACCGUGUACGCCUGGAACGACAGAGAGAGCCGCGAGAACUCCUUCAGCCGGUCGCGCAGCUCCAGCGUCUCCAGCAUCGACCGCGAGACCAAGGAGGCCGUCACCACCCUGCGCUUCAUGGAGUCCUACGCCCUCAAGACUGACGUCGCGCCCGCCCCCUGCCUGUGGGUGGGCACCAGCCUGGGCGUGGCUCUCGUGCUGGCCCUGUCCGUCCCCGCCCACGAGGAGGAACGGUUGGAGGAGCCUGUCACCGUGACACCCAGCGGUAUAGCGCUGAUGCUAAAGGGGUCCGUGUUGAUGUUCGGCUCGUUGGACUGCGGGGGCGCUCUGAUCCCCGACCCGUACGAGGUGUGGAAGGACCCUCACGCCCCGGAGGACCCCGACAGGCCCCGAAAGCGCAAGCUGGUCACCGCGUCGCCCGGCUCCUCCCAGGACGCGGGCGGGGAGGGGCACCUGGCGGUGGUGUGCUCCGAGCGGCAGGCCAAGGUCUUCUUCAUGCCCUCCCAGACCUGCCUGUUCGUCCACAACAUCACCGAGUCCUCCUUCGUCCUGCGGGCCGACGUGGUGUCCGUCUGCAGCAGCGUCUGCCUGGCCUGCUUCUGCGCCAACGGACACAUCAUGAUGCUCAGCCUGCCCAGCCUGCGCCCCCUGCUGGAUGUGAACUACCUGCCCCUGACGGACAUGCGCAUCGCCCGGACCUUCUGCUUCACCAACGGGGGCCAGGCCCUCUACCUGAGCUCCCCCACCGAGAUCCAGCGCAUCACCUACAGCCAGGAGAUGUGUGACAGCCUGCAGGAGAUGCUGGGGGAGCUCUUUGUUCCGGUAGAGACCCCAGAGAUGCAGAACAGAGGCUUUCUCAAGGGCUUUUUUGGCGGGAAUGCCCAGACCUUCGACAGAGAGGAGCUGUUUGGAGAGGCCACGGCUGGGAAGGCCUCGCGAAGCCUAGCCCAGCACAUCCCGGGGCAGGGGGGCAUGGAGGGCAUGAAGGCUGCAGCCGGGGGUGUGGUGGGGGACCUGGCCCGCGCCCGAAUCGCUCUGGAUGAGAGGGGCCAGAGACUGGGGGAGCUGGAGGAGCGCACUGCGCUCAUGAUGUCCAGCGCAGAGAUGUUCUCCAAACAUGCCCACGAGCUGAUGCUGAAAUGCAAGGAUAAGAAGUGGUAUCAGUUUUAAGGAGGAUGGAGUCUCCUCUACCGUCUGAGACCAGAACACAGAGCAGGGAGCCGGACCUUCACUCUAACAGACACACCGUGCUGGCUGCGACACACUGUGCAGUUUCCUGUGUGUGCAGACCUGCUUUUCCCAGCAGCACCCUGUGCAGGGUUUCCUGCGUGGGCAGAACUGCUUUUCCCAGCAGCACCCUGUGCAGGGUUUCCUGUGUGGGCAGAACUGCUUUUUCCAGCAGCACCCUGUGCAGGGUUUCCUGUGUGGGCAGAACUGCUUUUUUCCAGCAGCACCCUGUGCAGGGUUUUCUGUGGGGGCGGAACUACUUUUCCCAGCAGCACCCUGUGCAGGGUUUCCUGUUUGGGCGGAGCUUAGCGCAGGAUGAUGGAGGACUGUGGACAGAGGGUGUGGACACAUUUACACAGACCGAGGAGGGGGCUGUUGGACAGGACCCCUGUGACCUCACCUCCCUCUCCACGCUGGACUACAGUCCGUCUUUCUGUACAGUGGUCCUCUCACCAGGCCUCACUCAAGAAUGACGGACACUCUGAAGCUAUAAAAUAUGUCCAAUUGCAUGAAACAAGAUGGAGGAAUUAUAUAUAUAAAUAUAUAUAAAAACAUAAAACUGCCAUAUUAGAAGCAGCAUGUUACUUAAGAUAAAGUUUUAUUUAAAUGAGUUAUAAACCAAUUACAAAAAAACAACCAUAGAUAAAAAUAAAGCCCUUUCUAUUUUUUGAAAUAGCUCUAAAAGAAAAAAAAAAAAAAAAAAAAAAAAAAGGCAUAAAGACAUAAAAGGCCAAAAUAAUUUUGGUCCGGUGGGUUUGUUUUUUAUGUUUUAAGAGUAACAUUUUAAACAGAAACUGUUUCGCUACCCAACGCCACUAUACACACUCAAUGCUCUUUGCAAGAACAGACCCAGACUGGACAGACCGUGGGACCAAAGGCUGGCAGACUGUGGUAAACCCACUAAUCCACCUUAUCAGGCUGUCACCAGGAUUCUCUGACUGCUGUGUUAAGUUUAACGCCUCCCCACUGCAUAAAUGUUAUUAAAGUUGUUGUAAACGCCCAGUCUUGAAACCAAAGGCGAUGAAGAGCGACUGCAAACCGUUUUGUCAACAGAGAUUUGCACACAUCAUAUCAUCGGUCAUAUUUAAUGUGCCAGAACGUUAGAUGGGUGGUUCAUAAAUAUAAGCUAGCAAAUGCUGACGUGGUAGAGGUAAUGCAGUUCCUAUGGAUUUAAUUAGUCAAUUACUCAAACUAGCCUUUAAUGAAUAUCUGUUAAUGUUUGGUUUUGUUUGUCGCAAAUUUUAUUUAUUUAUUAUUUGUUUUUUUUACAGCUGCCUUUCGUACAUAACACGUUUGGUGAGUGGGUCUGUUUCACCUGAAUCAAUGAAAAAACUCAUUUAUCUGCCAAAGCAAUUAACAUGAAUGACAGAAAUUAGGAGUAUAUUAUUAGAUGUUAUUGUGAGGUGAUCAUGCAUUUCAAAAAUCAAAGGUGUCAUUCAGCGUGAUGUUUGACUGUGCUUUAUCAUUAAUGAGUGUGUUUGUCUCUGCUUAUUCACUAACAGUAUAUCCACUAUGGCAUGGGGCAAUUGGUGGGUGCCAUUUUAAUGCGAUGUAUGGUGAGGGAAAAUGUAUGAUUGAAUAUAAAUAUACACUGAUCCAGUGCAUUACUAUUAACCAGGGAUAUAAGCAUUGUAUAAGUAUGAAUUUAUUCAUGAAUGAGAGGCAGUGGCAAUAGUGAUACAGCAAAAUGGCAAUCGCAGAAGCUCCGAUCUACGUAGCUACACGUUCAGAGGUUUUCAGUGAAGUUAUUUUGGUUUUGCAUAUAUCGCUGUAGAGACAUAAACCCCUCUCUUAUAGUUCAUGGUGAUAACCGUGGAACUGUAAAUGUUUGUGAAUAGAAUGUUUGAUAAUAUCUGUAAUGCACAUGUUGAACAGAUAUAUAUUAGUGCACCAUGCCUACUGUAUGUGUCUAAUCUCAAAUGAGGAUUGAUUUUGGCACACCUACACAUAAAAAUGUCUUUUGUCCAACGGUCUACAGUGGCUGAAAGCACGAUGGUAACCACCACCAGCCCCACCCCACCCCCAAGCCCAAAAACAAAAAAAUCCAGAGGAACUAAACCUUGAGCAAAACCCCCAAUUCGCACAUUUUAUGCAACUGAACAACACAACCAUGAGCAUUAUCACAAACCUGUUUGCUUUUGUUUCAACCUUAUGGGUCCUCCGAUGAAAUGUAUUGAGGCUUAUAGGUGCUUACAGAUGUUCAAUUAUUUUUCAUGUACAUUACAGCAUGACUCACUGGAUUUUAAACUGACAUGUAAACCUUUACUUGAUUCCUGCCAAACCAGAGCAAUAGCCCUCCUUAACUCCACACAUCACUUGCAGGCUCGGUUUCAGAUGGUAUGCAACUGGCAGGCUGUUUUGUCCUUAAUGGUAAUGGUGAUCGUCCUUCUGCCUCUGUGUUCUCGAAGAGGCCGUAGACUUCCUGUGUCACAGUCUGUGGUGGCUAUCUGUGACAAUAACAAUAGACUGGGCGUUUCUCUUGCUGUUUCUCUUGUAAAAACAUGGAAAUGAGAAUUACAUUUCUCUAUGGCUGUUGUUCCUAUUUACGGAUGGUAUCAUACCUGAUAUUCUGGACUCUACAGAAGUCACGGAAACUGUGCAUCUCCCUCUGUAGUUGCAUUACUGACUCAUUACCUGGUUUCAUGCACAAUUCCAACAAAGGUUUGUCUUGUUUAACUGGAUUCUGACAUCUUCUGUUCUUGUUGAUAUUAUAGUAGUGUAAUAGAGGUUCUCAAAAAGUAAUGAAAAUAUGUUGAUGCAGAUUAAAGCGAAAUAAACAUAGAUUGAUGUACACUCUU